AUGUCUACUGAUGAAACUGAUGGCUCACUGAGUGAUGUGAACCCGGAGUUGCUGGAGCUUAGUAAAGACCCGGUGGCCUGGCGCGAACAGCGGCGGCGGGCACUGCAGGAAAAAGUGUUUGGCCGCAGCGGCACCGCCAGUGGUUCUUCGCCGGCGGAGUUGAGUUCAGGCGGUGAGUGUAAACGGGCCACGGCGGAGCAGGAGGCGUACGUACUGCAGCAGAUCAUGUCACACAAACGUAGGCGGGACGCUGCGGCUGCAGAAGAGGAGACAAAGACUACAAAUGUAGAGAAGAGUGCAAAGAUGUCGAUGAAAGAGAAACUUCUUCAACAGCUUAAGAAAGCAGACUAG